AUGGACCCUACAGCAUCCUUGCAUCUACCUGCAACGCUGAUCGACACGUUUAUCCCUGGAUAUUCGUUCUUUGCCCAGGUUUUGCUCAGUCUUGGUGUCGAUAUCUCCAUCAUUGUUUCGUUCGCUGUAUUCACAGUAUGUGCAUGGACUGCAGUUCGAUAUGCCUUUAGCCCAGUCUUCUCGUUCCUCCUAGAUGCGAUCAGCUCCUCGGUGACUGUGGACCAAUUCGAUCCCAUCUUCAACGACAUGCUCAAUUGGGUGAGUGAAUAUAAACAUUUUCAGGACAUUCGCGUACUUCGAGCCCACAGCCCUCGGCAAUAUCAUGAUGACCUCGACGAGGUCAACCUUGGCGACGAAUCUCAACUACGGAUACAUGAGCAGAUGUCCGAAGACAUCAUCUUCAAUUUCAACGACUGGGCCGCUCGUGCACCACCAAAGUUUCAACCACACCAAUCUUCGGGCUUUUUCUGGCACAAGCGGCGGGUAUUUCGCAUUACUCGCUCUAGAGAACGAGUAGCUAGUGAUUGGGGUCCUGCCCUCUAUGAGAGAGAAUGGAUGAAUAUAUUGGUCCUGUCGUUGACCGCGCAACCCGUCAAAGAUUUGAUUGAGGAAGCUCGAGAAUUCCACCUACGACAACGAACUUCUACCACUUCAAUCCAACGGCCAACUCCUAAAGCACAGCGCGGUCGCAGAAACGUGUGGACAAUAGUUGCUACCAGGCCCAGCAGAUCAAUGGCGACGGUCGUACUCGGGAAUGACCAGAAAGCCACAGUCCUGAAGGACAUCAAUGACUUCCUUCAUCCACGGACUGCUCGUUGGUACAGCAACAGGGGGAUCCCGUACCGACGAGGUUACUUGUUUCACGGCCCCCCGGGGACUGGAAAGACCUCGCUUUCAUUUGCUAUUGCAGGCGUGUUCGGCCUCGACAUCUAUUGUCUUGCUUUAUCAGAGGUUUCUCUCACCGAAGAAGAUCUCAUUCUACUAUUCAAUAGCCUGCCCAAACGAUGCAUUCUUCUCCUUGAAGACAUAGACAGCGCGGGGGUUGCGGGUAGACCGCAACUGGAAUCAGACCAAGAGACCAAGAAAAAUCCGCACUCAGAGGAAUUUGGCAAGGGAUCUGAUCCACAAGCAGGAAAAAGGCAGAAAAAUUUAAAGAGAGCUGAGCGCUCAAAGAUAAACGAUAUGAAUCCAGACGCCCCACCAAAGACAAAUACAAUUACACUCUCUGGAUUACUCAAUGCCAUUGAUGGCGUGGCUUCCCAAGAAGGCAGGAUUCUCAUUCUGACGACCAACCACCCAGACAGACUCAAUGAAGCGUUGAUCCGACCUGGUCGUGUGGACUUGCAGAUUAAGUUCGAUCUGGCCAACAUGCAGCAGAUCAAGGACUUAUUCCUCCGCAUGUACUACAAAGACCCAGUCGAUAUCGCUCGGCAGCCGACCAGAAUCAGUCAGAUCCUCCCAGAUCAAACUGAAAGCAUCAAGCAGACUCGCGAUGCACCAGUGUCAAUAUCAACUGCCUCUCUCACCACUACAAGUUCCGAUUCUUUGGCACCCUCUUCUACAUCCUGGUCCGAGAUCAAACCUCAAGCCAAAGCCUCCGAAAGAGAACCACAGGCAUCAGAUGAUCUGCCAUCGCAGCGCAAAGAACUCGAGAAUAUGGCACUCCUCGCGGAUGCGUUCACGGAAGCUCUACCAGAGUUGACAUUCUCACCAGCUGAGAUACAGGGCUUCCUUCUCAUGCGAAAGAAUCGCCCCCAACAAGCGGUACUUGAGGUCACUGCAUGGCGCGAUGCGGAACUGGCGAAGAAGAGAAGAGGGCAAGGAGUGAGUACUUCACUGCAGGAGACGGCUGGUACCUCAGAGCCUAUCACCGAGCAAGUUGACGGUGCCAAUGCAGAGAGCCCGAUGAUCUCGAGCACCCGUCUGAGUAAAGGCCGUGCAACGUCCGAAGCCACAGAGCCGAAUGUAAACGAGCAAAUCAACCCGUCAAGCGACAGUCAACAGCAGAAUCAAAGUACGGGGGCCUUCAAAUUAAGUAGCGCGACUCCAAGCAUACGCUUGCCCGCAGAAGAGGACCAUCACACGCCCAACAACAAGUCGAGCGCUCCACAUCAGCAAAUUGAGUCGUUUUCUCCGCAUGCGGCCGCAGCAGCAGCAGCAGCAGGCCACAGCAAGCGGAAGCAAAGCGACGCAUCAAACCAGCGGAGUGCGGAUGACCUUGGCUCCCAAGGACACAGCCACGAUGCAGAGACACCCGCCAAGCCAUCCCCCAAUGCAUCGGCAGGUAACGCACUGAAGAUGAGGGGCGACGGCGGCAGUGCCAGUGGCAAUGGCAGUGGCAGCGGGAACCGUAGUAGCAGCUCCAGCAGCAGCGAUAGCGGCGAUAGCGAUGGUGAUGGUGACGAGAACGACUCCCCGAUUGACAGGCUGAUGGAUUCUGAAUCGGACGAUGCCAGUCGAUUCAGUCCACUGGCUCACAUAAGACUUCGUUGGUGA